AUGAACUCGUGGGACGCGGGCCUGGCGGGGCUGCUGGUGGGCACGAUGGGCGUCUCGCUGCUGUCCAACGCGCUGGUGCUGCUCUGCCUCCUGCACAGCGCCGACAUCCGCCGCCAGGCGCCGGCGCUCUUCACCCUCAACCUCACGUGCGGCAACCUGCUGUGCACCGUGCUCAACAUGCCGCUCACGCUGGCCGGCGUCGUGGCGCAGCGGCAGCCCGCCGGGGACCGCCUGUGCCGCCUGGCCGCCUUCCUCGACACCUUCCUGGCCACCAACUCCAUGCUCAGCAUGGCCGCGCUCAGCAUCGACCGCUGGGUGGCCGUGGUCUUCCCGCUGAGCUACCGCGCCAAGAUGCGCCUCCGCGACGCCGCGCUCAUGGUGGCCUACACGUGGCUGCACGCGCUCGCCUUCCCCGCCGCCGCGCUCGCCCUGUCCUGGCUCGGCUUCCACCAGCUGUACGCGUCGUGCACGCUGUGCAGCCGGCGGCCGGACGAGCGCCUGCGCUUCGCCGUCUUCACGGGCGCCUUCCACGCGCUCAGCUUCCUGCUGUCCUUCGUCGUGCUCUGCUGCACGUACCUCAAGGUGCUCAAGGUGGCUCGCUUCCACUGCAAGCGCAUCGACGUGAUCACCAUGCAGACGCUCGUGUUGCUCGUCGACAUCCACCCCAGUGUGCGGGAACGCUGCUUGGAGGAGCAGAGAAGGAGGCGGCAGCGUGCCACCAAGAAGAUCAGCACCUUCAUAGGGACCUUCCUCGUAUGCUUCGCGCCCUACGUGAUCACCAGGCUGGUGGAGCUGUCCUCCUCGGUGCCCAUUGGCUCCCACUGGGGGGUGCUGUCCAAGUGCUUGGCCUACAGCAAGGCCGCGUCUGACCCCUUCGUGUACUCCCUACUGCGAUAUCAGUACCGCAAAAGCUGCAAAGAGAUUCUGAACAGGCUCCUCCACAGGCGCUCCCUGCACUCCUCGGGCCUCGUGGGCGACUCCCACAGCCAGAACAUCCUGCCGGUCUCUGAGUGAAGGACGCCGCUCUUGCUGGAGACUGAGGAAUGAGACAGUUG